AUGCGUCUCAUUCAAACAUCGCACCCCAUCGGGCUGAGGGAGUUCUUUGACAGCGAACUCCCCAAUAUCAAAUAUGCUAUUCUAUCGCAUCGCUGGGAAGGGGAAGAGAUCACGUUCGAAGAAAUGAUUGAGCAAACAGACGAGACUCGGCAGAAAAAGGGGUAUCAAAAAGUGGCCCGCUUCUGCGAACGCGCACGCGCCGAUGGAUUUGAGUACGUCUGGGUAGACACAUGCUGCAUCAACAAAGAGAGUAGCGCCGAGUUGUCCGAGUCUAUAAAUUCGAUGUUCCGAUGGUAUCUUGAGUCUGCCAAAUGUUAUGCCUACAUGUCGGAUAUGGAAAGUCCGGAUCAACUGCCUAGUAGCGUGUGGUUUACAAGAGGAUGGACACUACAAGAGCUUAUCGCCCCGCACGAAAUGAUCUUUCUGGACAAGAACUGGUCAGAUAUGGGAUCACGAGAGGAUCUUUGCCACGAGCUUGAAAAGAUCACUAAGAUCGAGUCAAGCUUGCUGAUUGGAAAGUCGCGACUGGAUCAGUUUAGCGUUGCCAAGCGUAUGUCGUGGGCUGCGACGCGUGAAACCACUCGGACAGAGGACCGGGCGUACUGCCUUAUGGGUAUGUUCAAUGUGAAUAUGCCCCUGCUAUAUGGGGAGGGCGAGAAUGCGUUUAUCCGUCUACAAGAAGAGAUCCUCAAAAAUUCGGAUGAUGAGACCUUGUUUGCCUGGGAAAGCGACAAUGUGUCUAGGAAGAACCCAUGUGGAUUGCUGGCCCAUUCACCAAAGGACUUUGCAAACUCAGGGGACAUAUUUCCCGUCACAGUCUCUCAAGGCGCAACCCCAUUCACUUCAACAAACCGUGGGAUUCAGAUACAGUCGGUUCUUUUACCUCCUCGUGACAAAAUCGCCACCUUGGUUCUUCAAUGCUCAGCGGGGUCGGGCCUGAUAGGAAUCGGUGUUAUGUUCGCACCGGGUACAGCUAAAAGUGAAGAAGACUUUGUCCGGCGCAAAGGAUCUCUUACGCGGGAUAUCUCAUUUGAUUUGCUACUAGGAUCUGCUCUUGACACAGUCUACAUCCCAAAGGCGUUUAUGGGAGUUGCAGGAGAUGACACAGCGGACUCAUCCGAUUUUAGCAGUGAUACCAGCAACGAGAAACACUUGGAGAAGCUUAGCCACACCCCCUUGAACAUCAGGAUUCAACCCCGAGAGCACCACAAGAAGCUGGUAAUAUGUUUUGAUGAUACAAAAAGCGGCUUCCUUGGUAGUGAUUCGGAUUCUAAUGUAGCCAAGAUCCAUCGCAUGUUUGAACGAGUUGAAAACGAUCAAGUGUGCUUUUACCCUCAUGGACUUCUGACACAACCCUUGAAGAGCUCGCCAUGUCCGGAUGAGAUUAGCAUAUUUGGCUAUUCUAAAGGGGGCUUUGCGGCUCAAUAUUUAGCCAAUUUGAUUGACUACAUCGGAAUUCUCGUCAGUGGCCACGACCACAUGAUUCCUGAGGUAUGGCGUAUCUAUCAUGAUCUCAUGUCCUCUACAUGGAGUAAAAAUGAGCAAUGGGAAGAUGCGGAGAAGGACAAGAGGAAAUUCGGGUACAUGAGAGCUUUCAGGGAUGCUUUUGUUCGACCCACCGGUGGAAUACACUUCAUUGGCCUCUUUGAUGCUAUCAACAUACCUUUGGCAAAGGGCUUGCACACUCGAAAAUUCAUGACGCUAUCCAGUAAAAUCGUACGCCACGCUCUUUCCGUCGAUGAGAAACAAGUUUUGCUGCAGCCACUCCUCGCUCGAGGAUUCUCAAGAAAUUCAAUCGAUGGUGAUGUGCAAGACGUUUGGUUCCCAGGGUGUCACCAGGAUAUCGGAGGUGAAAUGAAGCUUACAGAUGGAGAAAUGUGGGAACUUGACCAUUUACCUCUUGUCUGGAUGGCCAGCGAAGCAAGAAAGGCUGGUUUGCGCCUUGAUCUGCAGAAGCAAGCCCAGUUCCAAUGCAGCAAUAUCUAUCUUCAGAUAGAUCGUCUUAAUGAAGAUAGUAAUUUGGCCUCGGAAGAUGUACCCGAGCAUGAGAGAAAAAACAGCGCUGCGAAGAGAGAUUUCCUUCAUGCGCUACAUUCUGCAAGCACAAAGGGCCUUUUGCAUAACGAACUGUCGUUGGGAAAUGGCUGGUCCUCUUUCCAUGUCUACAAAAAGAGGUUCGAGAACUAUGUAGCCUCAAAGAAGAUCGGUCACACCGUGAAAGAGCACAUUACCAAGGAUAACUGCCGGUAUAUUCCUCCGGGUGCUCAGAUACACUCAUCUGUUCUCCGUCGUAUACAAGCCGACCCGGCAUACCGACCAUCGAACGUGCGUAUCAGCAAUUCCUCGAAUGUCGUGAACAAAGAUGACCCGGUGUUAGAAUAUUUUAUCCAAGAAGCCGACGAAUAG